GGGAUGUCCGCUGCUUCGCCUGAUUGUAGCUAGGGCUUCGCCGCGUUUGUCCGUGCGGAUCGCAGGGAGCAAAGCCGUGCGAAUAACGGAGGCAGCAGGUGUCCCUAGUCCGGGCCAUGUCUAGCUGUCCCACUCCGGAGGGACAGUGUUGCUCAAGGCGAUGCGGUUUGCAGGACAAGGAACAUCCAAGAUAUCUCAUCCCAGAGCUUUGCAAACAGUUUUAUCAUUUGGGCUGGGUCACUGGGACUGGAGGAGGAAUUAGCCUGAAGCAUGGCAAUGAAAUCUACAUUGCUCCUUCAGGAGUACAAAAGGAACGGAUUCAGCCUGAAGACAUGUUUAUUUGUGACAUCAAUGAACAGGACAUACAUGGACCUCCGCCGUGCAAAAAUCUAAGAAAAAGCCAGUGUACUCCCCUUUUUAUGAAUGCUUACACUAUGAGAGGCGCCGGCGCAGUGAUUCACACCCACUCAAAAGCUGCUGUCAUGGCCACCCUCCUCUUUCCGGGCCGGGAGUUUAAAAUUACACACCAAGAGAUGAUAAAAGGAAUAAAGAAAUGUACCUCAGGAGGGUAUUAUAGAUAUGAUGAUAUGUUGGUGGUGCCCAUUAUUGAGAAUACACCUGAGGAGAAGGACCUCAAAGAACGAAUGGCUCGCGCAAUGAAUGAAUACCCAGACUCCUGUGCAGUACUAGUCAGACGUCAUGGAGUUUAUGUCUGGGGAGAAACGUGGGAGAAGGCUAAAACUAUGUGUGAGUGUUAUGACUAUUUGUUUGAUAUUGCCGUAUCAAUGAAGAAAGUAGGACUGGAUCCUACACAGCUUCCGGUUGGAGAAAAUGGGAUUGUAUAAGCCAAAUGGAAAUUUAUAUACAGAGGCAAAGCUUAUCUUAAUUAUUACUUUUAGAAAAAACCUAUUUUUUUAAGUUAAUUGAAAAUUUUCAUGCUGCCAUUAGUUUGUCACUAAAUACUGCAGAUAAUCACCCUGAGUCUCUUCUUGGCAUUGAUUUGCUUAAAUUCUGUUAUUUUAAAUGACAAUGCAAUAGAAUAAAAAUUUUAUAAUGAAUGUUUUUUGUUUAUUUUUUAAUCCAUAACAGCAAAAUAUUUCCUUUUAAGUUAAUACUCUUUUUUGUACAGACUCCCAGGGGAUUUCUCUUAUUCUUUAAAGUUUUAAAGUUGCUGAUGAUAAUAGAAUUCUUGGGAAAUUUCCCCUUAGUUAUGGAAUAAACUGUUUCUUGUUUUUGCCAAAACUAGCGGCCAGUUCUCUGUAUUUUAUGUGACUGUACAGCAGCAUUACUAGUGAUCAUUCCCUGCUUAAAACAUUUUUCUUGGACUGGUGUGAUUUUCUGCUCACCUCAUUGGUCGUUUUUGUGGUUACCUUGAAUUUUUCUCCCCUAUCAGACUUGGAAAUGUCCGAGGGUCUCAGGACUGUCUGCCCUUAACCAUGGUCUUCAUCUGUACUUUCUCCUAGGAGAUCUCAUGCAAUGCCAUCGCUUUAAAUAUCAUCUACAUGCUAAUGCCUCACAAUGCUUUAUUUCCAGCCCAGACCUCUGUACAUUCCAGACUUAUCUCUCCACCCUCUACUUCUCACCGCUUGGAUGUCUAAUUGACAUCUUAAACCUUCCAGUGCCUAAAACAAUACUAUUGAUUUUUCUUCCCUGUGAGCCAUUACCAUCCCGUCUCCCCCAAACGCCUCCCAAAAAACCUCUCUGGAGAUGGCCCUCUGUGUUGUUCACCACAACUAAGGCAACCCCUGACACAUUGUAAG